AUGGCAGCACACGACAGCGACGUCGACACCGUGGAAGACUCCAGCUCCUCGCAGGUCCCUUCUCCUCGAUCAGAGACUUGCGAGGAAGACGAAUGCAGCGUGGUUGUGAGGAGCACGUUUAUCGAGUUGAGUGAUGGCAGCCUCAUGCAGCACUUUAGGCGUCUGCGUCGAUUCCAGACCGACUCUGUCUUGAUAGAGGUUUCUCCAGAAGAGGCGUACGAGCCUGGAAAGUUGAGCAACUCCAAGCACACGGUGGCAGACAAGGGCUUGCGCCACGAGGCACCCUCGGCACAGCAGGUAUCACAGGUCCCAACACGAACUACGGUCAUGUUGCGGAACAUUCCGAACAACUACACCCGGGACAUGUUCUUGGAGUUGUUGGACCAACACGGCUUCGCGGGGCGCUACGACUUCGCCUACCUGCCUUGCGACUUCUGCAGGGACGCCAACCUUGGCUAUGCCUUCGUGAACCUGGUGGACAACAGCGCAGUAAAGGACCUUUGGGAAGCCUUCGACGGCUUCGUGGGUUGGUCUUUGCCGUCGGCAAAGGUCUGCCAGGUUCGCUGGAGCGGCCCACAUCAGGGCUUUGAGGCGCAUGUGGAGCGCUAUCGGAACAGCCCGGUGAUGCACCGGAGUGUGCCGGAUCAGUACAAGCCGGUGAUUUUCAACGAUGGCGUGCGAAAGCCGUUCCCCCGGUCCACGAAGAAGGUCAAAGCACCGACUGCAGGGGUCUUCUGA